GUCUUCAAUUACGUGGCGGCAAAGAUGACAUGAGACAGCGGCAUGCUUCCCUCUGGGGUCACCACUUUCCCAUAUCAGCACAAGCACCGGGUCAGUCUCCCAGCUACCCCCACUCAGUCCCCCUCCCUCUGCCCACUCCACCCCAGGCUCUUUCUCUUGCAGUCUAUUCCUCCACCUGCUCCCCAGAGACACACUCAUUGUCCCCACGGCUAUAAACACUUCAUUGAGCAUGUGGCAGCCCUGCGUUCCUCAAAGCCCUUCCCAGCACUCCCAUUGGCCCGGGGACUGUGAGAAACUCCAUCAAGCCUAAGACUCACACAUUCAUAUGGAGAUUUGGGUCUAUAAAUACAGGGCAGUGGCAGAGGAGAGGAGAACGCAGCUCAGACCCAACCGGCUCUUCAACCCGAGUAGAGACCCUGACUCCACAGCAAUGGCUCCCUCUGUUUUUGGACAAGCAAACAAGGAACACCUGACCCCUGCUCACAAGCUGAGAAAACCAAUGGUAGAGAAACUGCGCAGAGACCGCAUCAACACCAGCAUCGAGCAGCUGAAAUCCCUGCUGGGGCCCGAGUUCCUCAGGCAGCAGCCUGACUCCAAGCAGGAGAAGGCUGACAUCCUGGAGAUGGCUGUGUCAUAUCUGAGAAACUGGCUCCAGCAGCAGAAGCAGGCUGGCUUGACCUCUAGCCCAAUGGCGGCUAGCGACGGUUACUCCCACUGCGUCCAGGAGGCUGUCAGCUUCCUGUCCCACUGCCAGGUCCAGACUCAAGCCCACAGGCUGCUGCUCAGCCACUUUCACGGCCUGCAGGCGUCCAGCGGGACCAGCCACAGUCCCUGCAACCUCCCCUCCCCUCCUGGCUCCCCACUCCAUCAGGUCAGCUCCAGCAAGGGUGUAAGCCAGGUCAGCUGUGCUCUGUGGAGGCCCUGGUAACACGGAGGCAGCAUCACCUGCGAACCGAGAGAGAACUACGUCUGUGAACGUCAUGGACAGAGAGUUAAGGACUUAUAGAGAAGUCUGCUUUCUUCUGCUUUAGCAGGAGAUUCAAUACUGUCAAGUGUUUUAUUUUGUGGUGAAAUCAGCACGAUGUGCCGGUACUCCUUUGGAAGGACUGAAAUGAUUUAGUGUAUUAUUAUAUGAUACGUGCCUUAUUAUUUGGAGUGUUCAUUCUGUGAAUGCGUUAAUUGUCCCUGUGGGAAAAAUGCUCCUGACUUUUUGUUUGUUUUGCAAACAUCAUUGAAUUAUAUUAACCACAUUGGUUUGAAACUAUUUAAGUGUCCAAGACACUGAUCGAUGUGUUUACUGUCUGUCCCUGAUGCUGAGUGUCACUGAUUGACGUGUUUCAUCAGUUUGCUGUUGAUGAAUCAAAAACAAGCCAUAGAGAGAUCCCAUGGAUCCACCUGUACUGUAAAUCUUAUAACGAUUAUAUUUGUUCUAUUUGUAACCAUCAUUUGGCCUGUGUAUGAAGGAUACUGAUACUGUAACCGUUACCUGUCCGCUUGUAAUGUUCAUAAUGGAUUUUUAAAAUCUUCAUAACAAUGCCUUUUAUAAAGGCCUUUUGCGCUGAUAUCAAUCUUUGUGAAAAGAAUCUGACUUAUUGCUUCCUUGAGGAGUUUGAUAUUGAAAAAAAAUAAAUGAGAAACUUCUGAUGAAGUUCU